CGCGGAGCUGAGAGCGGGGCUGCUGCUGCCGCAGCUGGAGCUGGAGCUGGAGCUGGAGCCACCGGGCCUGCAGACUGAGCUGUGAGCGGAUCCACGGUGCUGGUCUGGUCCGAGGGCCAGCAUGAGGGACUACUCGCCCACGCCGAGCAGCGGGGGCGCCUGCAUGCCCUGCUGCCAAGUCUGCGUCUUCGCCUUUACCGCAUUUCUCAUCGUUGCAGAGAGGACGGCGCUCAUCUACUGCUUUGUGUACUAUCUCUGGAUAGGCCACAACUACUGCUAUGCCUACCUUGCUGGCUUCACGGCGCUGUUCCUGCUACCAGGUUGGGCUCCUCAGUGGCUCAGUUACCUGUGGUACCUGUCAGAUGGACGGAUUCGCAGGAAGUCUCUCAGGUGGACACACAUCCUGCACCUGGGUAUCUUCAAAAGAUUGUUGGAGUGUAUGCACCUGCCUGACGAGGACGUGUACGGGGAGAUCAUGCAGCAGGCUGAUGUUUCUGCCUUGCGGCUGUUCGAGGCCUUAGUGGUCACUCUCCCAGAAACCCUGCUCCAUACCUAUGUGCUCAUCUGUACUGAUAUCGGACUCAAGUCUCCCGCCUCGGUGUGUUUUGUGGUGUGUUUGUUAUCACUGGCCUGGGCCUUGGUCCUCUAUGCCAGAGCCUGUUCACUCAUCAGGCCAGGACACCUGCAUAUGACCCCCGCUGCAAUUCUCUGCCGACUGCUCUGGAGGGUCGGGAUGCUGGGAUCUAGGUUUGCUGUCCUAAUGCUCUUCACACGUAUUUUCAAGCAGUGGGUGCUGGGAGUUAUCGGUGUGCACUGGCUGGGUGCAACGUUCUGGAUGGUUUCCCAGCAGACUGACAUCAUACGCUCAACUAGUCGCUGGAGAAUCUUCAACCUGGUUCUGGGGGCCAUUCACAUCUUUCUCUUCCUGAAUGUCAAGUACGGUCAAUCCAGAUACCGCAUGGCUGGGUUCUACCUGGCCAUGUUUUUAGAGAAUGCUUUCCUGCUUUUGGCCUCCUCCUGGAUGUUUACGAUGGUGUCCUGGGACACCGUGGGGAUCCCAGCAGCCGUGUUCUGCAGCUUCCUCAUUGGGGUGAUAGCGUUGGUGCUUUAUUAUCGCUUCCUCCAUUCUAAAUCUUUUGAGAUCUUCCAAAGCAUUCGUCACAGGGGUAUAAGCGGAGCCUGCAUGGACCGUGGAUCAUCACUGUCCUUGGAGGAGAAAUGCUCGCCAACCUUUCAACAUGCCACGCUGCCUGGAGGUGGGACACUCAUGGACCUUCCACUGCAGUGGGAAGGCUGGAAGCAUCACCACUGGCUGCUGAUUCGCUUAGCUCUUAAGACGGGGAAUAUUCCAAUGAUCUGGUCUGCGUAUGGGGAAGGAGGGCUGGCCGGACUGAUGGGUCUGUCUGAAGAAUUUCACUCCCCUGGUCUGCCACGUGUUCCUCUGUAUCCACCUGCUCAGCCACAGGUUCCUCAAAUCUCACAGCCAGUUCUUCCACCUCCUCCUGCCCCAGCUCCACCACAGGAGACCCAAGCCCCACAGGUCAGGGAAGUUGUGCAGCCAAAAAAGCCAACUCCCAGCACGGCUAUAGCCCGACCGGUCAGGAAAGCUCCACCCACAGCCCUCCAGGAAAUGAGAAGAUUCCCGGAGAUCAUCCCAGUCCAGGAGGUUAUUCUCGAGGAGACUGGAGAAGACGAAUCAAGCGCACCGCUGUCAGAUGAAAAAGGUGAUGACGAGUUUCAGAGUGCUGUUUACGGCUCACCAUCACUCUCAUCUCCUCAACGAGCUGGAAGCCUCCGUCACAUCGACAGCAACGUUGCCUCCCUGUCAGAGGCGUCGUCCUCUGUGGGUUCCCUGGACAUCAAAACUCCUGCCUGGUCACCCGAGCGACGCUCCCCACUCCUGAUUGGAUCCCCGGAUAAAAAGUCAGCCACUGCUGGAGAAUCCAGCGCUACUCUCUACUUCAGUGCAGAUGCGCACUCGCCUUCCAGCGGGAGCUAUCUCGGCUGGGGCUCAGAGUUGUCACCCAUCUCCAUCUACCGAAGCCCCUACCGGAUCAGAGAAGCGCGUUUUAUCACAUCUACACCACGACUGGAGCCUCGAGCUGGAGCUGAAAGUCCCGGUCCGGCCCCUGUUGUGGUCAUCCCAGCAACUCCUGGCACAACUCCUGGGACGACGCCAGGCACCACUCCAGGUGGGACCCCUGGAGCCAGCACUCCUGCAGCCUCGACUCCUGCAGCCUCAACUCCUGCCGCUUCAUUAUCUGCUGCUUCAUUAUCUGCCAUUUCCACUCCCGACGAUUCAACUCCCGCUGCGUCAACUCCAGGUACCCCGACCCCAGGUGCGUCUACACCGGGCACCCCAAUCGUCCCGCUCACUCCAGUCAUCGCCCAUGCUCGCAAACAGAUGGUUCAGUUCGUGGACAGUAAAGAGAGGAUGGUGUAA